AUGGCAGACGUCCAAGGAUCCGAGGCGUCGUCCUCUGAGCGCCCACCUUACAACCCCCUCAUCAACAUGACAAACUCAAAACCCGUCAUGGUAAACGACCACCUCGAAGACAACCAACACAUCUUCCUCACGCGGCCCAUCUUCGGCGCCCUACUAUUCGAAAACGCCACCUCCGACGCCCGCGACCACUGCGCCAACGAACGAACCUUUCUCUCCUGGCUCCGGCUCUCUAUGUACCUGGGCGUGGUGUCCCUGGCCAUCAUCAUCUCGUUCCACUUCCACGGCGAACCGACAGGUCUCGAACGACGCAUGGCUUUACCCCUGGGCAUUAUCUUCUGGGUGCUGAGCAUCGCGGCCUUGUUGAACGGUUUUGCGAACUACGUGCGCACGGUGAGGAAAUAUAGUCGGCGGGCGGCGUUGGUGCAGAGCGGGUGGAAGACGCAGAUGACUUUUACGGUGGUGGGCGCGGUGAUCCUGGGCAGCUGUAUAUUGUUUUUGGUGACUGAUGCGAAGUCCUCGAACCAAUCCUAG